AACACAGUGCACUUCACGAAAACAACAGUGAAUAUGUCGCGACAUCUUGGCCGUUUCUUCUUCGACAUACUCAGAAAGGCAAACCCAAAGGAUGUGGCCAUGAUGAACAGUGAAAUGAAAAGAAAAUUAACUUAUGAAGAUAUGUUCGUUGGGAGUUUGAGACUUGCCAAGGCUUUGAAGAAUAGGAAUGUGAAGAGGGGCGACGUUGUCGGGAUUGUCUGCGAAAAUAGACCAGAGUAUUUUGUUCCGAUCAUGGCUUGCUUUUAUCAAGGAAUCAUUGUGCAUCCUAUGAAUGCCGCGUUCACUACACGAGAGCUGGAACUGAGCUACGCCUGCAGCAAACCCAAAUUAAUCUUCACCAGUGAUAAGAAUAUGUCAACAUUGGAAAAUCUUAAAAAUUCUACUGAUUAUUUGAGAGAAAUCAUCAGCUUCGAUAGCUGGAAGUAUUCGGACAUGGUAAAAUCUGGAGAAGCCUUGGAUGAUAUAGACGAUAGUGCAGGGGAUCCGGACGAUCCAGCAGUUGUCUUGAGCUCUUCGGGAACGACUGGACUUCCGAAAGGCGUUGUCCUUACGAUGAACAACAUAAUAAACACUUUUAUUUCUUUGAGAUAUCCUUACUUGCACUUUACACCAUCAACCGUGGCAAUAGGUAUGUUACCGUUCUGCCAUGUUUUCGGCUUCCUAAUAUCUCUUGGAAACAUCGAGGGUAACUCAAAAACGGUCAUUCUGCCCAAAUUCAUACCAGAACUUUACUGUGAAACAAUUCAGAGUUUCAAUAUUCAGUCAAUACAAGUAGUCCCUUCGAUUGCAAUAUUUUUAGCCAAACAUCCAACGGUGGACAAGUACGAUUUAUCGUGUCUCAGCGACAUUGUUUCUGGUGGAGCAAUACUAAAUCCGCAAAUACAAGUUAUUUUAGAGAAUAAAUUUGAUUGUUCAGUAAGACAAGUCUACGGUAUGUCGGAAACAUGUGGAAUAAUGACCAUGUCUCCACCUGGGGAAGUAUGCAAGUUAGGCAGUUGCGGAAAAUUAAUUCCCGGUGUAAGUGCAAAAAUCGUCGACACCACUACGAAUAGACGAUUGGGCGCAAACAUCUCUGGAGAAAUAUGCUUAAAAAGCCCGAUAAUCAUGAAAGAGUACUUGAACGAUGCAGAGGCCACCAGAAAAGCCUUCGACGAAGAAGGAUUCUUUCGCACAGGCGAUUUGGGAUACAUCGAUGAAGAUGGUUAUUUCUUCAUCGUUGACCGAUUGAAAGAUCUCAUAAAAUACAAAGGAUAUCAGGUAUGGUCUACCGAAAUUGAAGAUCUGUUAAUGUCCCACAAAGACAUUAUUGAGGCAUCUGUAAUCGGUAUACCCGAUGACAAACAUGGUGAACUUACCAUGGCAAUCAUCGUGAAAAGAGUUGGCUGCGAUCUAACGGAAAAUGAAGUUAUCAAAUUUGUUGCUGAAAAUUUAUCAGAAAUUAAGGGAUUGCACGGAGGUGUCCGCUUCAUGAAGGAAAUACCUAAAGGAACGACGGGAAAGAUACAAAAGAAGAAGUUACGAGAAAUGUUUCAGCCAUAA